UUUGUUUCAGCGAUAGUUGAAGUUUACAAGAAUGAAGGUAACAAGGUUUGCCUAAAAGGAGAUUUUCUCAACGCCUCUCACUUUUACACGGAAGGAAUUAAAGUGAAAUGCGGAAACAAAGAAUUGAAGGCCAAACUGUACAACAACAGGGCGACAGUACAUUUCAAAUUAGGUGAGAAUUAUGAAGACUUUUAUCAUUUUAGCGUACUUCGUUUCUCCACUUGGCUGUUGGCCUCACUGAGUCUGUGAGGUACUUCAUGUAGGCAUGUUUGUGUUUAGAAUCUGUUCACGGCAUCUUUAUCUUGUAAUACUCCAAUGGAACUUGAAUCAGAUUUCGUUGUCCUCACCACCGCUGAUAUUUAUAAUCUUUUCUCUGCUUAACAUUUCUAUUGUUUUUUCGCUUUUUCUUGCCGACUCAGAUACCCAGAUCGACUACACAAUACUCAAAGCAACAUAAUUUCCACUCAAAUAAACCGAUCAUUUGAGUUUUGGAAACGAAUUUUUGGAAGAGUAUAGCACAUGUUUGUGACACAUCAUUUGUUGUGUUUCUAAGAUUUCCCAGAUAUAAUUCCUUCUGUGUGUGAAAUAUUCCGUCGCUUAUAGUAUCAGCCGUUUAAUACGAUUACCGACCUACGCCCUUUUUUCUUCUUUAUGUUCGGUUUUUUAUAACUACAGUCAAAGCUGUAAUCAGCGGUCACCCACAGAGAAUGGCGGAUGACCGCUUAACACAGCCUCCAAAGAAUAGGGGGUGAUAUAAAAAACGAUAAAAAAUACCAUUUUAUGCCAUAAUUUGCCAUUUAAUGUACAAAAACUCGCCCAAAAAUACCACCAAAAUUGACUUCGGGAGAUAUACAGAUUGAAUUUUACUUGAAAGAUUAUUCUUAGUUUUAUUUGAGUAGAACUUUGAGUGGAACUUUUCGCUUAAAGUGACCGCUCGGUUUCUGCAGGUGGAAGACAAUGAGGACAGGUCGUUGGGUCUAACUCAAAAGUGACCACGACUACUUAACCCUUUAACUCCCAUGAGUGACCAAGACAGAAUUUCUCCUUACAAUGUCAAUAUAAUAUCAAGCAGACAAGUGAUGAGAAUGAAGAAAAUAUCAGUUAGGGUAUUAUUGUAAUUGGUUGAUCCAAUACCAGAUGCUCAGAACUAACAUGACAAGAACCAUAUGGCAGACAGUAAGGAGAAUUACUAAUGAGAUUUUGGGAGUUAAAGUGCUACUAAGGGGGAAUUAGAGGACUUUGACAACCGACCCCUAACGGGGUGACCGCUUACGGUGUCGCUUAAUACAGGUUCGACUGGAUGUUCUGCUAUCAGAUUACAAUUCUCUUGUAGGCAACUACCAGGAGUCACUGAGAGAUGCAACAGCUGCCUAUCGAUUGCAACCAACAUAUCUGAAGGCAAUGAUUAGAGGU